GCCGGGCGCUGACGAGCUUCCGCCUUUGGUGUGAUCGCGGACCUAGAAACUUGGUCCGUCCCAUACAGGUGUAGAAGUCGGAUUUGGAGAAUGCAGAAGCGUGUCCGGUCAAGGUUAGGCUCCAGAGAUGGGGUCUCACUAUGUUGCCCAGGCUGGUCUCAGACUCCCGGACUCCAGCGAUCUGCCCACCUCAGCCUUCCAGAGUGCUGGGAUUACAGGCAUGAGCCACUGCACCCACCCAGGUCAUAAAAGGCACUGAGGCUUCUUCCUUGCUCUCCCAUGGAUUGCUUGCUCCAGAGGAAGUCAGCUGCCAUGUCAUGAGGACACUCAAGCAGCCCUAUGGAGAGGUUCAUGUGGCAAGGAACUGAGGCCUCCAGUCAGUAGCCAUGGGAAUGAAAUUUCCCAAAAGCAGAUCCUCCAGCCCAGUCAAGCCUUCAUGUGACUACAGUCCUGGCCAGCAUCUUGACUGGAGCCUCAUGAGAGACCCUGAGUCAGAACUACCUGGCAGAGAGACUUUCAAGCAGCUGGCUGGAUGUUCGUCAUAUUGAAAAGUAUGUAGACCAAGGGAAAAGUGGAACAAGAGAAUUACUUUGGUCCUGGGCACAGAAAAACAAGACCAUCGGUGACCUUUUACAGGUCCUCCAGGAGAUGGGGCAUCGUCGAGCUAUUCAUUUAAUUACAAACUAUGGAGCAGUGUUGAGUCCUUCAGAGAAGAGUUACCAGGAAGGUGGAUUUCCAGACAUAUUAUUCAAGGAAACAGCCAAUAUCACAGUGGAUAAUGUUCUUAUUCCUGAACAUAAUGAAAAAGGAAUACGGCUUAAAUCUUCCAUCAGCUUUCAAAACAUCAUAGAAGGAACUAGAAAUUUCCAUAAAGACUUCCUAAUUGGAGAAGGAGAGAUUUUUGAGGUAUACAAAGUGGAGAUUCAAAACCUAACGUAUGCUGUCAAAUUAUUUAAACAGGAGAAAAAAAUGCAGUGUAAGAAGCAUUGGAAGAGGUUUUUAUCUGAGCUUGAAGUUUUACUACUGUUCCGUCACCCAAACAUACUAGAGUUGGCUGCAUAUUUUACAGAGACUGAGAAGUUCUGUCUGGUUUAUCCAUACAUGAGAAAUGGAACACUUUUUGACAGAUUGCAGUGUGUAGGUGACACGGCCCCACUCCCUUGGCACAUUCGAAUCAGUAUAUUAAUAGGAAUAUCCAAAGCCAUUCACUACCUGCACAACGUUCAACCAUGCUCGGUCAUCUGUGGCAGUAUAUCAAGUGCAAACAUCCUUUUGGAUGAUCAGUUUCAACCCAAACUAACUGAUUUUGCCAUGGCACACUUCCGGUCCCACCUAGAACAUCAGAGUUGUACCAUAAAUAUGACCAGCAGCAGCAGUAAACAUCUGUGGUACAUGCCAGAAGAGUACAUCAGACAGGGGAAACUUUCCAUUAAAACAGACGUCUACAGCUUUGGAAUUGUAAUAAUGGAAGUUCUAACAGGAUGUAGAGUAGUGUUAGAUGAUCCAAAACAUAUCCAGCUGCGGGAUCUCCUUAGAGAACUGAUGGAGAAGAGAGGCCUGGAUUCAUGUCUUUCAUUUCUAGAUAAGAAAGUGCCUCCCUGCCCUCGGAAUUUCUCUGCCAAGCUCUUCUGUUUGGCAGGCCGGUGUGCUGCAACGCGGGCAAAGUUAAGACCAUCAAUGGAUGAAGUUCUAAAUACUCUUGAAAGUACUCAAGCCAGCUUGUAUUUUGCUGAAGAUCCUCCCACAUCACUAAAGUCCUUCAGGUGUCCUUCUCCUCUAUUCCUGGAGAAUGUACCAAGUAUUCCAGUGGAAGAUGAUGAAAGCCAGAAUAACAAUUUACUGCCUUCUGAUGAAGGCCUGAGGAUAGACAGAAUGACUCAGAAAACUCCUUUUGAAUGCAGCCAGUCUGAGGUUAUGUUUCUGAGCUUGGACAAAAAGCCAGAGAGCAAGAGAAAUGAGGAAGCUUGCAACAUGCCCAGUUCUUCUUGUGAAGAAAGUUGGUUCCCAAAGUAUAUAGUUCCAUCCCAGGACUUAAGGCCCUAUAAGGUAAACAUGGAUCCUUCUUCAGAAGCUCCAGGCCAUUCUUGCAGGAGCAGGCCAGUGGAGAGCAGCUGUUCCUCCAGAUUUUCCUGGGAUGAAUAUGAACACUACAAAAAAGAAUAAAUUCCACCAGAAGAUAAAGAAGAAAGCAAGUAUUGCGUAGGCGCCUGAGCAUAGGUAUGACCCUUGGGAAGACGUUGGCUCCAUAAGCAAUGCCAAGAGAAUGAUCAAUACUGAGUUUGGGUGAUGGAGAUAAACAAUCUGGACAAUUCCAUUCCUUUUUUCCCAAACCCUCAAACAGAGUGCCUUAAAAAAUUGUUUUAUCAGGAUAAUUGUCUCAUGACCAAAUCCACGCUCAGUUAGAGCCAUUCAAAAUUCCUUAAGAUCAUGGGUUCUGACUUCAGCCAAACAAAACAAUCAAAGCCUACCAAAAAGGGACUGGAUUUUAAUGUCUUCUCCAUCAUCCUCAGUGUGAGUCCUCAGAGCCUCCAUCUGCGGAGAACAUUCAUUUGGAUUCCAUCGUUUGGUUUAGCUUGCUUGCAAGGGUUGUAGGAAAUGUCUAAUUUGUAAAUGUUAAUAGAUACCUUUGGAAAGAAUCACCUUGUUAUUCU